UAUCACGUCGCUAUCAGUACCGGCGUCGGCAGUACAAGUGGUACAAGUCUGUGGUUGAGAGUACACGCUAUGCCUCACAAUGGCCGCGGAAGAAAUCGAAGUUAGUGCCCCUCGGUCUGUGCAUACGACCGGACAGCGAUGAAUUCGUAUCAGUUGGCACUUUGAAACUUUGUUCCUUCCUCCUGAGGGAAGUAUGAAAGAGAAGCCAAAUUCCACCCGUACGUACGAUGAGGACGGUUUCAGAAAACGUGCAGCCUGCUUAUGUGUGCGGCGGGACGAAAGCGAGCUUCUGCUUGUGUCGAGCAGCAGCGCCCCAGACCGCUGGAUCGUUCCGGGAGGUGGACUGGAGCCCGAGGAAGAACCAAGUGCAGCCGCCAUGCGAGAGGUCAUGGAAGAGGCUGGUGUCCGCGGCCACCUUGGACGAUUUGUCGGCACAUUUGAGGUGGGGGGUUCUCCGCUCAUCUCUAGUGCCCUGCAGAACCUGGAAAGGAAGCAUCGCACCAUGGUAUUCAUAUUGGAAGUCACGGAAGAGCUUGAAGAGUGGGAAGAUUCGAAAAGCAUAGCAGAUGACGUAGACAUGCAGACCAUGAAGCGUCUGCGGUCUAACCUCACGGACUCCUCCAAGUACGAUAAGAACUACCAGCCUAAAAACAGUCGCAGUUCUGAGACUCAAGUGAAUUUCACAGUCUAUGCAAAGGAACUCCUGUACAUGGAACCAGGCUGGCGUUACAUUUCAAUGACAGCCUUCGUCUGCAUGCACUGGGUGGACGAGGGCCUGUCCUGGACCCCACAAGAGUACGGCGGCGCGACCGGUAUCACCUUCGGCAAAGACGACGUUUGGACCCCCAGCAUCAACAUCAACUCUGGCCACGGGUCUUUCUCCGUGAGGAUGUUCUCUGCCGUCAAAGCAGACAAUCGAGGCAACGUGAGGUGGUGCCCACUUGUGUACAUCUCCUUGCGCUGCACCAUGAACCUCGUCAACUAUCCAUUCGAUGAACAACGAUGUUCGGUUAAUGUCUCCUCCUGGACGCCACACGGGUAUAAGGUCAAACUUAUUGGCAAAGUGGUGAAGAGUGACUUCACUGCCUCGCAUCCCAACUGGGAGGGCCGGAUCGAAUCCAUGCAAGUGCAGGAGGCCGAACAUCCUGAGGAAGGUCGAGACUCCGUGCUCAGAUUUACCCUCCUGGCCAAACGUCGUUCUGCAAACUUCCAGUUCUACGUGGUUCUGCCUUGCACAGCCGUCUCUAUCCUUACCAUUCUUAUUUUCUGGCUUCCUCCUUCUUCGGGCAAAAAGAUUACACUUGGACUCGGCAACAUCAUACUGGUUCUCUUGAUCAUGAUGGACCUCCGGUACGAUGUUGAAAUCACGACGGAGGUCUCCAAAUUAGAGCGUUACCUGGGAUCGACGUGCGUUGCUAUUGCUGUGGCCACAAUGGUCUCUGUCCUGGUCAUCAACUUGGUCAAGUCCCCCAUGGUGUUCCGUCCACCGGCGUUCUUGGUGGACUUGCUAUCCGGUGUAGCGGGACGUGUCUUCUUCCUGUGUCCUCUACCUCCGCCCCGCUCUGUGGAUCACGAGGCGCUGACCGACGCCACGACGCCCAUCGACAAACAAGACAUCAUUGCCAAACAGGAAUGGUUCUUGGUGGCUCAAGCCAUCGACAGAGUCACUUUCGUUCUUUAUGCCAUUUACCUCCUAGCUUACCACGCGUAGUGAUCACGUUGUUCCACAAAAACCUUUUGUUUAAAGAAACUUGUAUGGUGCAUCAAUUUAUCCCUUGGGUGGGAACCGGGAUUCACGUCACUUGUAUCAGUAUAGGCUAGUGGUAAGCUUGUUCUUGUAGUACAGCGGUUCUUAUGACGAGUGUGGACACACCCUAAGGACUUGGAGCACUCCUGGGCGACUUAAGAAAUGGCCAAGUGUUUUUCGCACUUUGUGAUUCCUUAACUGACCGCAUAAUUAAAAUGUCGUAACGUAAAUCACUGGAAUGUACGCAAGAUUUCCCGUGGAUAUCCUUUGCGAGCAUUGCAUUCGUCCUUGCGAGUGAGCUAAAUAUGGUUCUGGUGUGUAGAUAUGUUGGUUGUGUUGUAAAACUCGUACUGUUCACUGUCUACCCUCCCUUUCAAGCGUCGUUUGUGUGCAUGCAUUUUCUCAGGAAUUGGUCUUCUUUCUAGUGAUGAAGGCGUACUGGUGCGUUAGGUACUUAAAAUAAGUCACGUCUCACGUGAUGUUGUCAGUUAGAGACGGUGAGUGAAGUUGUUUUUAUUGUGCAAAAAUGGCUUCAAUACAGGAUUCCCUUCAA